UAAGCACAAAAAAAUUCCACAACACUACUGGCUAUAUAUGCAUAAGCUCCUUUGUCUUCAGUAAAAAAAAGAGUGCUAUUAUUUGCUAAAUAAGCAAUGGAGGCUCAAGGCAAUGGCUACGCUAAUGAAAAGCAUUUGCCAAUUGUUGGCAAUGGCUUUCCUUUAAUCCAUCGUGCCUCUUUCACUGACGAUUUUGUUUUCGGCGCAGCAUCGGCUGCUUUUCAGUAUGAAGGUGCGUCAGAUAAAUACGGUAAAGGGCCAAGUAUUUGGGAUACUUUCACACAUGAACGACCUGGUAAGAUCGGUGACGGAAGCAAUGGAACAACGGCUGUUGAUUUUUAUCAUAGAUAUAAGGAUGAUGUCCAGAUCAUGAAGGACAUAGGUUUCAAUGCCUGUCGACUCUCAAUCUCAUGGUCUAGAAUUUUGCCAGGAGGAGAGAUCAGAGGAGGCGUGAACCAGGAAGGGAUCAAGUUUUAUCAUGAUCUGAUCGACGAGCUUCUGUCGAAUGGUAUAACUCCAUUUGUGACUCUAUUUCAUUGGGAUCUUCCGCAAGCCUUGGAAAACAAAUAUAUGGGUUUCCUAAGUACUCAAAUUGUGAAGGACUUCCGUGAUUACGCGAACCUCUGCUUCUCGGUGUAUGGUGGUAAGGUGAAAAAUUGGAUUACACUAAACGAGCCAGUUAUGUACUGUUGUUGCGGAUAUGCAGACGGUAGACAUGCACCCGGUCGAGGUCCUGCUUCUUCCUCGACGACGCCGCCAAAUUCUUCAUCUACAAACUCUCUGGCGGAGGGUCAUGAAAUUUUUACGGGUAUCCUCCUACCUCGAUGUCAGGCGACUGAACCUGCGGGCAACGGAGGGAGUUCGGAUAAUGGGGAUCCAGGAAGGGAACCUUAUAUCGUGGCACGCAACCUUCUUCUUGCUCAUGCAGCUGCUGUGAAACUAUACAAGGACAACUUUCAGGGAAUUCAAAAAGGGCAGAUAGGGAUUGUCCUAGUGUCUAACUGGUUUCUCCCAUGGGACGCUGACUCAGAAGAGGAUGAAGCAGCAGUCAGGCGAGCUCUAGAUUUCAUGCUUGGAUGGUUCAUGGAACCACUCAUAAGGGGUGCUUAUCCGCAGAAUAUGAUAGAUUAUGUUGAUGAAGACCGACUACCAAGUCUUAAAGUUCCAGGCUGUCCUUAUGAAGUAAAAGGAUCAUAUGAUUUUAUCGGAAUAAAUUAUUAUACUGCUCAAUAUGUACUUAAUUCACCAAAGCCACCUGGAGAAAAACCAAGCUACAAGACAGAUCAACAGCUUAAGACCACAUAUUACAACAAGAACAACGUGCCCAUUGGUGAAAAGUCCGGUGCCGAUUGGCUCUACAUCUAUCCGAAGGGGAUAGGAGAGCUAUUGAAGUGGAUAGCGGAGAAUUACGGCAACGACAGGGAUCUUGUUAUUUACAUUACCGAAAAUGGGGUUGGUGAGAAGGAUGAUUUCAAGAAAACAGUUAAACAGGCGUUGAUGUAUAAAGAUGCCUCGGGUGGAGAUAUGAGGACCAAUUACCACCACGACCAUCUUCUAAAUCUCCUCAACGCAAUGACCAAUGAUAUUAUGAAGAAGAAUCACGUUGAGGUGAAGGGAUACUUUGUGUGGUCGUUGCUGGAUAAUUACGAAUGGGGUGACGGAUACAAAACUCGUUUCGGAUUGGUCUAUGUUGAUUACAAGGAUGGACAUUUGGUACGGCACUGGAAAAAAUCAGCCACAUGGUUCAAGAAAUUUUUCGACGAUAGUUUCUCAGGCUAGCUGUCGCUCAUGAAUUUAGUGUGCUUGCUUGCUUGCUUGCGUGUUCAUUUCCUAUGGUUAAUAUUUGGCUUUCAAUAAUAAAACCAACAACAUGCCCAGAAACAAAAUUACCUAGAAAUUAGUGAGUCGACCCGGCCAGUUAGCUUGUGUGGACACCUCAAUUUCUGGUGGUUUGUUUUUUGGGCAGACUAGUUGUUGGUACCAAGUAUACGUAUGUUUGCGUUCUAUGUAUUAUUGUUUGUGUGUUUAAAUUUGUUCGAGAUAUCGAACAAGUUGUGAGUAAUUGUAAGAACAGGGCCGGCCGGGGGAUCGAGGACUGUACUCCUCGCGGUGUGGCGGCCAAUUAUAUUAAUUUGCUACUGGAUGCAAUAAUACUUAACGAUUUCUUAGUCCUAAAA